GUUACUCGUUCAGUUUACUGAGCCUUCACAAUGUCCUCCCUGAAACUCAUGCUCAUCUCUCAGACUCUGCUGCAGCUGCUGCUGGAGAACAGCUGGGCGCUCUCAUGCUUACCCUGUGGUAGUAUUAAAUGCCAGGAGCUGGUGUGUCCUGGUGAGAAAGUGUUGGCACCCUGUGGCUGCUGCUACGAGUGUGCCAAACAGAAGAAAGAGAGCUGCGGAGGCCCGUUCGGCUUGGUAGGGCAGUGUGACCUGGGGCUAAAGUGUGUGACCAUACCACACGGCAUGGGCCAACCAGGAGUGUGUGAAGAAAAACAACUGACGGAUGACAACGAGUUUAUGGUGUGGCUGAAGACCAAGCUGAUGCGCAGAGGAGGAAACCCAUGACAUGAGGAGAGCUGGCACAAUGGGAAGAAGAUGAAGAGGAGUUAGAUUGUUACUGAAGCUUCUCUCCACAUGAGCGCUUGUCCUUCUAUUGGUCAAUAGUCCACUGUAGAUCUUCUGUAGGUCAGACCUUGUCUAGCAUCUAACUACAUACCCAAUGAAUGUACCUGGACUUUGAGUUGAAAUCACAGAAAUUCAGCCCAAGUCUUAAUGAACUUGCAGCAAAGAAACGAUGCGAAGUGUUUAAUUCAAGCAAAUAUUUUUCUUUCUUUCUUUUUUUAAAUUUUAUUUAUGAAAAAUGCAUUCUAAAAAAUGGCUGCUAUAGAGCAAACCACAAGUUGUCAGUCAUGGUAUGUCCACUAAAAUACUUUAUAUUUCCAAUUCACUCGUCUGCCUUCACACGCAUAUGAUCUUGAGUGACAUCCCAUUCUUAAUCCAUAUGGGUUAAUAUGAUG